UCAGCUCCGCUAGAGAGAGAGAGAGAGAUGGGGUCUAUUGCAAUUACAAACGGCUGCUGCUUUUCUUCAGCUAUGGCAUCCCAUCUGAAAUCUCGAGACAAUGAGUCCAACUUCCAGUGGAGAUAUUUCUGCAGUAACCACAAUGAUGGCAGAAACUACCAUUUCAAGACGAUAAGAUCAUCAGCAUCAGGAAGGAGAUCCGAGAAGAUCAUCAAGGUGACGGAUGAUUACAACACUGCUAUGAAGAAAAUGAUGAGGAACCCUUUUGAGUACCAUCAUGAUCUAGGCAUGAACUACACCCAUAUAACUGACAAUUUAAUCGUCGGUUCCCAACCUCAGAAGCCUGAAGAUAUUGAUCAUCUGAAGCAGGAAGAGAAUGUGGCUUACAUAUUAAAUUUGCAGCAGGACCAGGACAUAGAGUAUUGGGGAAUCGACUUCCGAUCAAUCACCAAAAGAUGUAAAGAACUUGGUAUCCGUCACAUGAGAAGGCCUGCUAGGGACUUUGAUCCGGAUUCCCUGAGAAAUGGAUUGCCAAAAGCAGUUUCUUCUUUGGAGUGGGCUAUAUCAGAGGGCAAAGGCAGGGUCUAUGUUCAUUGUACUGCUGGAUUAGGGCGGGCACCUGCAGUUGCAAUUGCUUAUUUGUUUUGGUUUCAUGACAUGGAUCUGAAUAUGGCCUACAAUACACUUACAUCAAGGAGGCCUUGCGGGCCCAACAAGACAGCGAUUCGAGGGGCCACAUAUGAUUUGGCUAAGAACGACCCAUGGAAAGAGCCCUUCGAGAGCCUUCCUGAGCAUGCUUUUGGGAAUGUUGCAGAUUGGGAAAGGAAAUUGAUUCAAGACCGAGUACGUGCCCUCCGUGGAACUUAAACCGCAGAACAUCUGCAUGGUGGGUCCAUGUGAUCCCCUGAUUGGUUGUCUGACACUCGCCGGAUGUGUAGGACUACAUGUGAUGUUCUAUGUAUUGUGUAGGCUACAUGUCAUGUUCCAUGUAUAGGCUUGCAUGACAGCAUGUAGAGAUAUGAAUGGGGCUUGCAAAACUUUGCUCGAGUGACUGCGAGGGUUUCCUGUCAUCCAACGUUUAUUGUACCCGCAUGGAAAGCAAUGGCUGUGUUUUUUUUUUUUUUUUUUUGUUUAAAUUAAUUAAUUAAUUUAUAGAAAAGAAAGCAUUAUAUUCCAUGACACAACGCUGUUGUAUUGACAAAAACAUCAUGUGUAUAGUAGUUGUCAGUCUGUCAAAUAAUGGCAGUUAUUGAGAAAAUACUGGCUAUUAGUAUCUGGUAUUUGGCAUUUUUCGUUGCAUAACACAAUGAACUGUUUCCAUUAUAAAAGGCUUUUAAUUUUAUGA